GGUCUCGUUGUAACAGCAUGGUAAAAUCUUGGCUUCUCAACUCGGUUUCCUCUCAAAUCUAUGGUAGUAUUUUGUCGUUUGAUGAUGCGACUGAGAUAUGGACUGACCUUCAUAAUUGUUUCCAUAAGACGAAUCUACCACAGACUUUUCAGUUGAUUCAACAGAUUCAGGAUCUCCGCCAAGGCUCCAUGGAUCUCUCUGGGUAUUACACUACUCUCAAGACCCUUUGGAACAACUUGGACGGCACAGAACCUCCUGAAACCUGUCUCUGUUGCAACACAACGAGUUGUCUCAGCCAGCGUACAGCCAAAGCUAAGAUUGAACGAGGCAGAACCAUCAAGUUCUUGGCUGGUCUUAAUGAGAAAUAUUCUAUCAUUCGUAGUCAGAUUCUCAUGAGAAAGCCUCUUCCUGAUCUUGCGGAGAUUUGUAACAUCUUAGACCAAGAUGAUAGCCAACGCCAGUUCAACUCUAUCAUCGCUCCCGCUGCCUUUCAAGUUAGUCAUGGGACAUCUCAGCCUACUGUGCUACCUAUGUCUUCUAACUCUGCUCCGUCUGCUUCACUUGGUGGUGAUUCAAACGCUUCUCAACAAGGCGCGGUGAAUGCUUUUCAAAGGAAACCUGGACCAGUUUGUGCUCACUGUGGAAACAUUGGUCAUGUCAUUGAUCGCUGUUACAAGCUCCAUGGAUAUCCAGUUGGUUGGAAGAAAAGGAGAUCAAACACUGAUAGGUCUUUGCAGCCAAAGGCUCAUGUCGUUGCAGCUAGUGUUGCCGUUCAGGAUUCACCCUCAGUUGUUUCUGGUCUUGAUAAUCUCGUUGGCAAGCUGAACAAGGACCAAAUUCAGAACUUUAUUGCUUACUUCAGUUCUCAGCUUCAACCUGAUCGUGGUACUGCUUCUCCUUCUGUGUCUCAGCCCACUGACCACUCUGGAUCCUAUCAGGGGGUCGAUGAUUGGAAGCGGUAAACGGAUUGUGAACCUGUACGUCCUGGAUGUUGCUGAUACAAGUGCUGCAGCUCAUGUUUCUUCUUCUUCCUUUACUAAUAAUGUUGUAGAUGCUUCCAUUUGGCACCAACAUUUUGGACACA